AUGUCUCAACAUUCAGUUGCAUCUCCAACCUAUCUGAGGGCGCAAAUAUCCGGAAAGCGAUUACUAGCAUAUGUAAAGAGUAAUGAUCCACGAAAAAAUGAUUACCCAAAACAAAGCCUACUUAAUCACCAAGCUUUGCUGGACAGCAAGUGGGACGACCAGGAAGAAACCAAUGAAGCCAUGAACGUGAUAGGGCCACUAUUUGUGUAUCUCAAUGCUCUGAAUAUCUCCACAGAUAUCGAGUCAUGGGAUGGAUUUGAGAUUAAUUUGAAAAAGAAAAUUCUAGACCCUAGGCUACCAAUACCUCAUUAUGAUUUAGCCAUGAACUUUACGCACGGCGUCAUAGUAGCAUACGACUCCAUGAGCCCGCACCAAGUAGCGUUUCUCAAAGACAUCAAGUCGUCCAUCAUCCCCGACCUCAGUCGAUGGUCAGAUAUUACAUAUUUGAAAUGGGCUGAGGUCUGCAAGUUUCAUGGCACUGAAGUGAGCAAUUUGAACUACGUCAUCCAACACCACGUAACGAAUCAAAUAACAUUGGACGUCAUAAAAGAGGUGCUGAAGAAAAGAGGAGAAUGGCUCGCGCCAUCGGGAUGUGUGGUGUCAAUGGGGGAUAGCAAUGGUCAUGGUGCUGCAUUAUUAGGCACCCCGAAUGGAAAAGGAGUUGUUUGGCUCCUGGCUCAACACAAGGAAGCUUUCAAGAGCUUGACCAUUAUCAGUGUGGAGAUAUUUUCGUGCAAACCUGCAAAUAACGAGUACGAGACAAAACUUGAACAUCUAUCCGAUAAGUCUUCGUGGUUCAACCUCUGUUUUCGAAUGGGCCAAGAAUGA